GCAAUCUUCCUUCUUUCCGACCCCCUCAACUCACCCUUCGCUUCUCCAGUCCACUUCAGUCUUCCUCUUUCUCUUUGUCUUGGUUCUUUGCUAGAGUGCCCUCAUCCGCCAUUAUCCGACCCCCUUUGCUCUAUUCCCUCCCUGUACCGCUCAUGGGCUGUCCCUCGGAGCGUUCCUCUCAUUCUUGCUCUCUUUCGGCAACUCAUCGGGCGACCCGCUUUUCCGUUAUCGCGCCUUCUCUUCGGUUCAUGGUCGAGAGGGGUUCGGAAGUCCUCAUGCCAUAAGUCGAUUCGAUUCGAACAGGAGAUUGGAAGAUCGUCUGAAAUCUCGAAGAAUCUCUCGCCAUGGAUCCGCCGAAUGACAACGAAGUGGUCGACCUCCGAUCUCUCGACUACGUCUCCCGCUAUGAUGACCACCUCAUGUGUGCGAUCUGCCAUUGCCCUUUUAUCCGUCCAAUCCGACUACAGUGCGAUCAUGUCUUCUGCCAGAAGUGUCUGAACACCGCCAUCACCAGUUUUGGGGGCAUUCGCGACGAUUUCACCUGUCCCUCCUGCCGAACUCCCACUAAAGGCGUCUACCUCAAUGUCCCCCGAUUAUUGAUCAACAUGUGUGACGAUAUCCGUGUCAAGUGUCCUUGUGCGGCGGAGGGGUGCGAGGAAGUCAUGCCGCGUGGCCAUGUCCAGUCUCACGUUGAUAAAUACUGUAACUAUAGGCUGGUGGACUGUCCCAAUGACCAAUGUAACCAGAAGACCCGCAAGAUGGAUUUACAUCCCGAAAAGUGUAUGCAUGCGCUCCAUACAUGUCAACACUGUGGGGAGGAUAUCAUGGAGAAGGACUACGAGGAACACGUACAAGAGUCAUGCCCUAGUUUAGAAACAACGUGUCCGGACUGCCAGACGACCGUAUUACAGCAGGAAUUCCAGGAGCACGUGAAAGCCUGUCCCGAGAUGAUCCACCCGUGUGCAGCAUCGAGAUUUGGUUGUCCUGUCAAGGUCACACGGGCCGAACUGGCGGCGCACGAGCAGGGCUGUCCCCUCGUGAUGAUGGGACCUUAUCUCGACGCCCAGAACUCUCGACUAGGUUCCCUUGAAUCGACCGUCCGCCACCUCCAGCAGCGUAAUGAGAUCUACGAAGAUGGGCUAUCCAACAUUCGAUCGACGUUGUUCGAGUCGUCCCGGGGAAUCCCCGAGCGGGACCCGAAUUUGCCACAGGACUCGCUCAACGAGGGCAGGCUAUCAGGCGCCCCGGAACAACCGGAAAACGAUCAGUGGAUAGACCUUCCCAAUGUUUAUUCCACCAAUGCCAACACGUACCUCCUCUCGCUUCACGAAUCUCUGCGGGAAGAGGUGGGACAACUGUCCCACGCCAUUACCGACCUCGACGCCCGCGCCAGCAUGGCAAUCAUGAACGAAUGCCUUCGCAUCAAGGAAGAUAUGGCUCACACAAAUGCGGCCGUCAGCAGCAUUCGCAUGCAAGUGCAGUGGCUUAUGAACCCUCGUCUGCACCAAGCCCAGCGGAUGGCCGGUGCACGCAACAAUAACAAUAAUGGUAACGGCAACGCCAACGACGGUGACGACACGGCGACCGCCGGCCCCAGCAACGCAGUGGGGCCGUCUCCGGGGCUGCUUCGGCCGCGGAGACUCAGUGAUGGCGGCCGCGAGGGGACCAAACUCUAGACGGCGGCACAUCGAUGUGCAGGGCACGGCUGGUUCGACCUACGAAUGAUGACCACACUAUGAUAAUAAUUUACUGUUACAAUAGAGAUGUCCAAGGCUGGCCCGUGAGACUUUCCGGCCUUUU